GUAUAUAAUACCCUUCUAGAUACUGGCAUUCCUGAAAUUCCUCACAACCCCAUCAAGAAUGUUCAGCCAGACCAAAUUAAAGCUGUUCUGGGAGUAAUCUUGUACUGGAGACCUGCUGGUCCCUUAACUCAAAGAAUAAAUAGCAUAGAAGAAAUUAUUCAGAGCCCAAGGGUUGAAAAGAAGCAAUUUCCAAGAUAACAGUUGGAGCCGGAGACCACACCAUGGGGUUACUAUGGCCAUUAAAAAUGUCUACAGUACAAACCAGAAGGACGUUUUGAUAGAUUUGAAUUGUCGCCUGGCUGCGUAUCUUGAAAAAGUAAAGACGUUAGAGGAGUCCAACCACAAGCUUGAGCAACAGAUCCAACAGGUGUCUGAGAAACGGGUGGUAAGGCGAGACUACAAUCACCAUCAGAAGACCAUUGCUGAACUUGAAAGUCAGAUAAACAGAAUGAAGCUGACUAACUCUGAGCUGUACUUGAACAUCGAGAACACAAAAUUAGCCGCAGAUGGCUUAAGAGCUAAGUAUGAUACUGAACUGGCCACACGUCUUACUAUAGAAGAUGAUAUGAAAAAAAUGAAGGCAAACAUUAGUGAUCUAAACAUGCAAAAGCAUUGUCUGGAAACAGAAGUACAGAUCUUAAGUGAGAAGCUGGAGAACCUUAAGAGGGACCACACUGAGGAUCGAGAACAUCUUCUUCAACAAAAGUUGAGGUGUCAAGUUAAUGUUGAGGUUGAAUCACUGAAGACAACACAACUCACGAAUGACCUGGAUAAAUUGAGACAACAAUACAAUGAAAUAGCAGAUCAUCACAUGAGGGCUUCUGCAGCUUGGUUUGACCGUAAGGAGACUCAGGCAACCACCUAUCAGAAAGUUCAGUCAAAUUUGGAUCCUGAAUCUCUUGUGAGCCACAGAAGACACUUGAACAUGUUGAGAAGGAGUGCCCAAGAGCUGAAAGUUGAGCAUGAAGUUCUUCAAAGCUUAAACUAUGCUCAGGAGGCAGCUCUAUAUGAAACUAUAUCGGGCUUUGAUGCUCAGCUGCAGAAUAUCCAGGAGAUAGUGCUAAAGAAAGAAGAUGAGUUGUCUAAGCUAAAGGCUGAAGCAAAUAGAUUGGCAACUGACAGUAGGUUAUUGUGUUACAUGAAAGAUCUCCUUGAAAUGGAAAUACAGACUUAUGGACUGCUAAUGGUUGAAGAGGAAAACAGGAUAGAAGAAGUGAUUCAUGAGCAACCUUGCAAAGGCAUUAUGAAUAACAGACAAACAGCUGGGACCUACCAGCCUUCCUUUGCUCCCUUGUGGCAGGCCCAUCCACCAGUCACCCUUGCCUUCUCUCCAACAAGUCGCAGCCUAUUUCUUGCCAGCAAGGCUUCUUCUACUUAAAGCAUCUUCCUCCAUUGGAGGGUGCCUGAGCAAUAGGUUCUUAGCUUGCUAAUUCCUGCAAAGGUGUGCUGUAUUAAUUUGUUUGCCUGUGUACUGACUCUCUUUCCAUUUCCUGGAUAUUGACCCUUUGCUAUCUGAUCUCAGACUGUUUAUCGGAUUGCUUGUACUUUGCCUGCCCUGAUCUCAACCUGUCCCUGACCAUGAUUCUGCAUGAUCUUUCAGGGCUCUGCAUCGGUGUCUCUGACACUGGGUCAGCUGCCAAUCACAUAGAGACUAUUCCAGGAGGUAGUAGCCUGGUGGUUCCCCUGCAGUGAAGUCCCGAUCCCUGUACAAGCUUAAAAGGGUGAAAACCAGGAACUGCUAGGAUAAAUCUAAAGCCAAGUGUGUUGGUUGAAAGAGUGGUCCCACAUCCUCCAACACUUUCUAACAGGCCAUAAAAUAAUCGACUUCAUGGAAGUACUUUCAGAUUUAUUUUGAACGCCUUAUCUUCUGUUUAAAUCUUCUCGCCUUAUCUUCUGUUUAAAUGACAUAUUCAUAAUGUUCAUAAUUGCAUCCAUCAUCUUAUUGAUGGUCAUCCACUUCUACUCUUUGAAACAUAAUUGCCUUUUUUAUUGUCCUUUGUCUUCCUGUAAUAUGUCUAAAAUAACAUCACUAAAGUCAUUUGUAAUUUACAUGGAUGGUUGUACUUGACUGUAUUCCUGUCUUCUGAAGUCUUUGUCAAUAAAAAAAAAAUGGCCUAAUUUCCUUGUUCUUUUGUAGCCUGCACUGACUUGUGGAAGCUAGAAUCUAAAAAUACAAACCUAACCUCCACCAGAACAAUAAAAUAGUUUGAAUAUGGCAAACACUAUACUGUCAUGUAGGCCCUCAAAUUCCCUCCAACAUCCCAUGUCGUUCUACAGGUCAAAUUCUGUUUAACUAAAAGCACUAAUAUUUAGAAAAAAUAUUUUACAAUGCCUAGUCUUUAAUUUGCUGUUCAGUGAAACUAUAGAGAAACCCAAAUAUAACCCAACACCUCUGGCCUUUAUUCAUUAGUUUUUUCUGGUAUUUAAGUUAAGCCCUAAUAUAGUGAAUUUGGCUAAACUGCAUUACCAGGCACAGGCUAUGGUCAAUAAUGGUACUGUUUUUUCUGAGGAGGGAGCUCACUUUUUCUAAUCCUAGACAACCCUUUUUUUUUUUUUACUUUGGUUUUGUUCAAGCUUCACAUAAUGAUCAUAGGUAAUGUAAAGAAUAUGGAGGCAAUAUACCUGCACUAUUAUAUUCUCUGUUAAAAUAUAUUUUGUGCAAAUCUCUCUAAAAGUUAUAAGGACAGAAGUAGUGAAAUAUAAAACCCAUGCUAACUACUAGUGUAACAGCAGUUAUGGAUCGUUGGUUUUCACCCACCUACCAGGCUCCGUCAUUGCUCGCAUCCAGCUACAUUAUAGGGCAGGUAGCAUCAGUGAUCUGCUGCCAGUGUCUCUCCAUGCACUGUUCCGAUCCUGGACUCUGUGCCUGCAGAUGCUAUACCUUCUGGAAUCCACUCCAGUUUCCUUUCUGCCCUGGACGCAGCAUGCCUUCUAGCCUGUUUCCUGUAGCACCUUGGUAAGGGCAGGCGCAUCACUUCCUGUGAUGUAAGGGUUUUGCACAUGUGACCCGUGCGAUCAAUCCCAUCCUGCAACUAUUUUAGUGGUCUAGCCCUCUUCCCAGAUGCCUGAGCGGCAAGGUUCUUGUGUCCCGCAAAGUUGGUGUUAUCUGUGCUUGUGUUCCUGUAGAACUUAUGCGUGCUUGUGUUUCUGGACUCCUCUACCUGUUUGAUCCUUGCCAGGUUUGCCUCGAGUUUCAUCUUGCUGCCUGGAUUGCCUGACCUGUACCAGUGUCGCCUGCCCUGACCCAUUUUAUUGUUUGUCUUUGCCUCUGACUCAUCCUUCGGUUCUGCACUGUCACUUCUGGUUACAACUUGGCCUGCUCACUAUGACUGUAUCUCUGGUACCUUGCACUGGUACCCCAUGGUCUGCCUGGACCAGCUGCUUUCUAGAGAAGGAGAAAAGGAGCAAGACAAAGGAGAGAA